AAAAAGUCCUCCGAAAGACAACAGUCAGCUCGGUGUCUCAUCAUGGAAACUUCAGUAUCCAAAGCCAACACUGCCUUUUCCCUGGCUUUGUUCAAAAAGCUGAGCAAGGACAACGAAUCCGAAAAUGUAUUUUUCUCCCCCUUUAGCAUCUCUUCAGCUCUGUCCAUGGUGUUGCUGGGAGCCCGUGGUAACACCGCCACACAGAUGUCACAGGUCCUGUGCUUCACUGAGAAGCAGGAUGGAGGCACAGAGUCGAUGGAGCAGCAGAUGGAGCAACAGGUUCAGUCCAGCAGACAGCAGCCACGUUGCCCACCAAAGGAGAGAGAAGCGGUUUCUGAAGUCCAUCGUGGUUUUUCCCAGCUGCUGCUUGAGCUCAACAAGCCCGAUGCUCCAUAUUCCCUGAGUUUGGCCAGGCUGUACGGAGAGCAAUCCUUCAAGUUUCUUGAGAAUUUUUUGUCAGCUACCAAAAAGCACUACAUGGCAGAGCUGGAGACUGUGGACUUCUUGUCCAGUGCAGAGGCAGUGAGGCUCAACAUCAACAGCUGGGUGGAGAAUCAGACACAAGGGAAAAUCAAGGAUUUGCUGGUCCAGGGUGUGUUGGACAGUCUGACCAAGCUGGUGCUGGUUAAUGCAAUCUACUUCAAAGGCAAAUGGGACAGUCAGUUCAAGGAUGACGAGACACUGAUCGUGAUGAUGAUGCACCAGAAAGCUGAGUUCCCUCUCACCUACAUCGCUGAAAUCAACUGCCAGAUCCUAGAGAUGCCUUACAAAGGGAAGGACCUCAGAAUGCUCAUCUUUUUGCCCGUUGAAAUUGAAGAUGAUACAACAGGUCUGGAGAAGCUGGAGAGAGAACUGACCUUUGAGAAAUUUAUGGAGUGGACUUGUCCAGACAUGAUGGAUGAAACAGCAAUCAAGGUGGGGUUGCCACGUUUCAAGAUGGAAGAGAAGUUUGACCUGAAAGAUGUUUUGACCAACAUGGGCAUGGUGGAUGCUUUUGACAUGGCAGCGAGUAACUUCUCCGGUAUGUCUUCCGCCAAUGACCUGACAUUGUCAAAAGUCGUCCACAAGGCUUUUGUGGAAGUCAACGAGGAGGGAACCGAAGCUGCAGCCGCCACAGCCAUCAUCAUGAUGCUGGGUUGUGGGUUCCAGCCCCCCUUCAUUGCAGAUCACCCAUUCCUCUUCUUUAUCAGACAUAACAACACCAAGAGCAUUCUGUUUAUUGGCCGUUACUGCAGCCCUGAAUGAGUUUGUUUUCUCACCCGCAACUGACUGUUGUAAAUCUGA